CCUCUCUCUCUCUCUCUCUCUCUCUCUCUCUCUCUCUCUCUCUCUCUCUCCCGUCGAUCUAACCCUAACCCAACUCUGACCCCCUCUUUUCUACACACCCCAACUGACCAAGAUGAUCCCCCCAAGAUGAACACCAUACCUGUUUUCUAGCUCCUCAUCUCUUCUUCUUCUCCCCUAAAUCUUCAACAACACCCCCACAAACACACACAAAAGCUUCGCCAACCAAAUUGAGAGUGAAGAAACAUGGCAAUUCAGCUCCAAUCCGGUGGGUGACACCAGAAAUCUGCUCAUUCUCUCCAUCUUUCUGGUGAAGCUAGUUGCAGUAAUCAAGCUAGGUUCUUUGUAUUUGAGUAAUCAAUUAAAAGCAUAGAAUUAUGGACACCCAUUCUCUUCCCCCUCCUUUCCACACUAGAGAUUUCCAACUCCAUCACCAGCAGCAGCAGCAGCAUCAGCACCAGCACCACCAGUUCCACCACCAGCAGCAGAACUCCGAAGACGAGCAAACCGGAAGCAGCGGCCUGAACAAGGGAACCAAAAGAGAGCGAGAUAUCGACAACAACAACGACAGUGGAAAUGGUGGUGAAGGCAGCAAAGAGCUGAACAUCACUGUUUCCGGGGAUGGAUCGGAAAUGACAAGAAGACCUAGAGGCAGGCCCGCCGGAUCCAAAAACAAGCCGAAGCCGCCCAUCAUCAUUACUCGAGAUAGUGCUAAUGCUCUCCGCACUCAUGUCAUGGAAAUCGCCGAUGGGUGCGAUAUAGUGGAGAGUGUUGCCACCUUUGCUCGCAGGCGCCAGAGAGGAGUCUGCAUUAUGAGCGGCACGGGGACGGUUACCAACGUAACCCUCAGACAACCGGCGUCCCCGGGCUCGGUCGUGACUUUACACGGCCGAUUUGAGAUCUUGUCACUAGCAGGGUCCUUCCUACCACCUCCAGCCCCACCUGCCGCGACUGGGUUGACCAUUUAUCUGGCAGGCGGGCAAGGGCAGGUGGUAGGAGGGAGUGUUGUUGGGACUCUUUUGGCUUCGGGUCCGGUGGUGAUCAUGGCUGCCUCGUUUAGCAACGCCGCCUACGAGCGGCUUCCACUGGAGGAGGACGAGGGUGCGAUGCCAAUGCCGGGAGGGAGUAUGGGGUCUCCAACUGCGGUUGGUCAACAGCAGCACCAGCAGCAACAGCAGCAACAGCAGCUUUUGGCCGAAGCUGCUAAUACGAAUGCGCCUCUUUUUCAUGGGUUACCUCCCAAUCUCCUAAACUCCAUGCAAUUGCCGGCUGAAGCGGCAUACUGGGCUACUGGCCGCCCUCCAUUCUAACCAUAUUGAUGUCCUUGAAGGAGAACAAGAAGAAGAAGAAGCUUUUCCAGUUCAAGAUGAUCAUUCACUCCUCAUCACACCUGCAUCUUACCAAGAUGUCACAAGACUAUGUAGCUAGCUAGUAGCUAUGUAGCUAGCAGAAUUUGGGUUGUCGAGCAUUUUCAGGUUUUAAUGUGUUUCCUUCUCUUUCAUUUUUUUUUUUUUUGAGUUUGAUUUAGCUAGCAUUCGAUCGAUGAUUUAGGUACGUACCAUUUAUAUGUUUUACAUCUUUGAUUGAAGACUACUGUGUAUAUUCAUGGAUUAUUAUUCU